UGGUUCGCUUCUGGGGCGUAUACACAACAAAAAAAGACUGUUUAGCGAGCUAGCUAGUUAGCCUCUUACUAGGUAGCGCAGCUUAGAAUAAUUUCUGGUCAUAGCAGGACUUGCCAUCUUAGUUGACGUGCAGUUUGGAAUCGUUUUGCAGUAAAGCAGACAGCUGAGACAAAGUACUGUACUAGUAGGCAGCUGGUGGAAGCAAAAGUGAAAGCAAGAGUGUAUAGGACCACAUUGUUGCUGUUCCAAGCAUUCUUCAGUGCUCAAAGGAAGAAGAGAGAAUGUCAUUAGAAGACUUGAUUCAAGCUGCACAAUUUCUGGAACAGAAUGGACGUAGUGGAGAUGAGGAUUUGGAAGAAUCUCCCAAGAAGAGAUCAAGACCCAACAGGCAGAAACGACCGGCUUCUUACAGUAGUGCCAUGGCAAGAAGUCGAACGACCCAUAAUCUCUUGGAGAAAAACAGACGUGCUCAGUUGAGGGAUUGUCUCGAGGUGCUGCGACAACAUGUCCCCUUACCAGACAAGCUCACCACUCUGGCUUUACUGCAGAGCGCCAAGAAAUAUAUCGAGAGCUUAAAAAAGAAAGAACGAAAAGAGAAAGAGUUGAAAACAAAGCUUCAAAACGACCAAAGCGCACUGCUCUCUCGGUUGGCAGAGCUGGGUGCUGGAGAUUAUGUCCAGGCUCUAUCUGGGGAGGGUACCACAGAGGACCCAGCUGUUGCCCCGUCAUCACCUGCCACAGAUCUUAGGAACUCACUCCUCGAAGUCAGCGACAUUGUGGUAGACGAGCCGAACAAGACAGGUGUUUCAAAUGCAGAAGAGGAGGACAAUGUUGUGAUUGAUGUUCUCUCCAACGAAUCUGACGACAACAGUUCGACCACGUCAGGAAGCGAUGGAGGAUGCACCUCAACCAGUCACAAAUACGCCCAACUAGCGGCGUGACGGGGGGUGGUGGUUGGUGUCAACUGUGUGUACCAUGUCUUCAUGUAGUGGGUUUUGUAUUAGUGCACAUGUAUGCUUGUAUUGUUUCUACGUCUUGUUAGUUCGUCGUGAUCCCCAUAGCAACGUCUACCAUGAACAGUUUUGAUCAUCAGUAAGCAGGUCAUUUCUGAUAUUUGUACAAAGUGAUAUACAGUCUUAGUAACAUGUCAGUCUUGCAUUAUAUAGAAAGAGAGAGACUAUAUUUUCUGUACUAUUAUAUCUCACAUUUUAACUGCAUAAUUAUUGUGUCAAAAUUAUUAUUAUUAUUAUUAUUGUUAAAUUUGA